AUGGUAACUGCGAUCAUUCUCAUCUGUGUUCUCUUCUCGCUGUCCUCGGCUCAAGAGAGCUGCGAGGGAAGAUGUGGUGCCUCGCUGGACCCGACCCUUCCAUGUCAGUGUAACAGCCAUUGUAUCACCUACGGCGACUGUUGCGAGGACUACCAGCAGGUGUGUGUUGCAGCGACAUGUUCCGGUCGGUGCGACGCUGGGUUCGACAGCUCUAUGCCAUGCCAGUGUAACACGGCCUGUGUCAGCUACGGCAACUGCUGCCCCGACUACGAUAGUCUGUGUGCUGGAGGUACGUAUCUGUAGUCGGAUAUAUCUAUAAGCCUAUCCAGUGUGGCGGAUCAACUGUGGAAUCUCGACGUCAACCGCGUCUCCGUCACAGAUUACGACGUCAACUAUCAGGGACAGGUCAGCUCAAGCAACACAGGCGACAGUGCAGCAGACCCGUUCUUCAGGUUUGUGAACGAUGCUAUCUUCUCCUCACGUCCAACAUUUGCCCGCCUCAUCCCGCUGUUGGACAACUACAACCCAAACAUCGGCCAGUCAGAGUCGCUGACCAGUGCCCAGUGGGCGGAGAUAAACAGCUUCCUGGACGAAAUACUGGCUACGUCAGUCAUGCAAAAGGCCUACAACUAUUUGCUUAAUGAAGGUAAGACGACCGAUGCGGAGGACUUCCGGGACCUCCUGAAGGAGCUUUGGUUUAAUCUGUACCCGCGCUCCAGCUCGGGGCCGACUGACAGUUCCGGGUUCGAACACGUCAUGGUUGGGGAAUACAAGGAUGGAGUGAGCGGGUUCCACAACUGGGUUCAGUUUUACCUGGAGGAGAAGGAAAAAAACAUCGACUACAAGGGAUAUGUGUCGCGAGCCAAUCCUGAAAUUGUAGGCGCGCAGUUCACCUGGAACGGCCUCAGAAAGAGCAAGGGGAGUUUCUUUGUGGCGACAAGUCCCGAGUUCGACAUGGCUAUAUACUCAAUCUGCGCGUUGAUGCGCCCCAACGCUGUCUGCUCCUUCACCAUGGACGGCCACCCUAUCAGCAUCCAGACGUGGGAUGUCUCUCACAAGUCGGGGCCUCAGGUCGCCUCGGCCUACCCCCUGUAGACAGUCUGUCAGGGACAGAUGACACAGACCUUCACCUUGAGUUAUUGUUAAAUCAGACUUUCCUUUAUCAUUACAAAAUCUUGGUAAAUUCAAGUUGGCCCUUUCCGUGUUUGGACAGCUUCUUCUCAUUAUCCUGAACAAAGCAGGACAUUAGGAAAACU